GCGGCGGUGAGUUGUGACAGGCCGCCGUGGGCUGUUGAUGAGCUGCCCUCCACCUCCCCUCCACGUUGCCUUAUAAAGCCCCCCAACCCCUGAUCACUCGACUUACAUUCUCUCUAUCUACCUCCCUACAAUUUACUGUGCUCUUUUGUACUUACAAUAUACACUCUACCUCCUUAGUUCCACAAAAAUGGCUACCUGGUUCGACGGCAAGAAGUCCUUCGCGGACGUUCCCAUCACCGCCAACGGCAUCUCAACUCAGGAAUUCCUCGAUGCUGCUGAGGCCCUGACCACCUUGUUCGAUCUCAUGCAAUCCAAGGCUUUCGGCGUUGUCAAGUCUGACCUUACCGGCAACAUCAAGAAAGUCAGGGACAGGUUCCUGGCUGCUCCCGCUGAGUCCCAGACUCUCCAAGAGCUUGUCGUGAACGAGCUCAAGACCGGAAAGCACACCGCCACCGAGGGUCUCCUCUGGCUCGUUAGAGGACUUGACUUCACCGCCCAAGCUCUUCGCCACAACAUUGACAACGCCUCCACUGAGCUCGCCGACUCCUUCCGCAACGCUUACGGCGGCACCCUCAAGCCCCACCACUCCUUCGUUGUCAAGCCCCUCUUCUCCGCUGCCAUGUCCGCCUGCCCUUACCGCAAGGACUUCUACUCUAGACUGGGCGAUGAUCAGGCUCAGGUGCAGGAGAACCUGAAUGUUUAUGUUGCGGCCCUUGAGGAGCGGAUUAACAUUCUGAAGGCGUUCAUGGAGAGCCCCCAGGCUAAGUGGUAGAUAUCUUUCGGAAGGCUAGUUGAUGUCAGGCACAUUCGGCAUAUGAAGGAAAGCGCAGUUUUGAAAUGUACAUACAUAUAUUCGGGAAAGUCUGAGACUUCUUGCAUGUUAUUUAUAGAGAAGAUUUGGUCUGCGCAGGUUUGGUCGUAUUUGUACUGCCCCGAACCUGGGGGGAUCCUCGUUUUGAAGGUGCUCUUGUAUACCGCCAUUGAGCAAGUGAUCAGGAUGAUCACCGGAGGACAUUCGUAUCGGACGAUUUGUGAGCUUGCUCCGCCAUUAUAACCAUGGAAUUGCUUCGUUCCUGUGGCAUGGUACCAACCAUCCAAAUCAUAUUAAAUAGCUAUGCACAUAUUAGAGCUGAAGUUCCAUAAUGCAAAUCUGUAUGGCAUGACCGAUUGAGCUUCAGACGAAGUUGGCGGUGCGAGCGCCAUACAGCAAGACGAGAUAAUAGACAAGCCUACCCCGAUUCACCGGC